UAAGACAUAAAUAAAAGGACAAGCUUUCUGCUGCAAGUUUAGAGGUGCAUAAAACCAUCAUACAUCAAAAUGAGGGAAUGUAUCUCUAUCCACAUUGGGCAGGCUGGUGUCCAAAUGGGCAAUGCCUGCUGGGAGCUAUACUGCCUUGAGCAUGGAAUCGAGCCUGAUGGUCAAAUGCCAAGUGACAGCACUGUUAAUAGCGAAAAUGAUGCAUUCAACACGUUCUUUAGUGAGACAGAUUCAGGGAAGCAUGUCCCAAGAGCUCUUUUUGUGGACUUGGAACCAUCUGUUAUUGAUGAGAUCAGAACGGGUACAUACAAACAGCUGUUUAAACCUGACCAGCUAGUCUCAGGUAAAGAGGAUGCUGCAAAUAACUAUGCUAGAGGUUUCUACACAGUUGGCAGAGCAUUAAUGGAUGAUGUAACAGAUCGUAUUCGGAAACUCACUGAUAAUUGCUCUAGUGUUCAAGGCUUCCUGAUCUUUAAUUCAGUUGGUGGAGGCACUGGCUCUGGAUUCACAUCAAGGUUGGCGGAAAGUCUUUCUCGUGAUUAUUCAGGAAAAGCUAAGCUGGGGUUUAGCAUCUUUCCUGCCCCUCAGAUAUCAACAGCAGUUGUGGAGCCUUACAACUCUAUUCUGACAACAUAUGCUUCCUCAGAACACUCCGAUGUUGCUUGUUUGUUUGAUAAUGAGGCACUCUUUAAUAUCUGUCAACGUAACUUAGGUGUUGAUCGGCCAUCCUACAGCACCCUGAAUCGUCUCAUUUGCCAAAUUGUCAGCUCUCUCACGGCCUCUCUUCGUUUUGAUGGGGCCUUAAAUGUUGAUAUGGUUGAGUUCCAGACAAAUUUGGUGCCCUACCCACGCAUCCAUCAUAUGGUGACUUCCUAUGCUCCUCUUAUGUCUGCUGAGAAGGCCUACCAUGAGCAGGUUUCAGUUGAUGAGAUUACCAAGGCUGCCUUUGCACAAGAAAACCAGAUGGUGCAUUGCGAGCUCAAAAAAGGAAAAUACAUGGCUGUCUGUAUGAUGUAUCGAGGUGAUGUUGUGCCCAAGGAUGUCAAUGCUGCAGUUGCUAAAAUCAAGACGGAUCGUAGAGUCGAGUUUGUGGAUUGGUGUCCCACUGGGUUUAAGUGUGGCAUCAACUACCAGCCACCUACUGUUGUCGCUGGAAGUGACCAAGCCAAAGUGAAGCGUGCAGUCUGCUCAAUAGCCAACACAAGCGCGAUUGCUCAGUCAUUUGCAAGGCUUAACCACAAGUUUGACCUCAUGUAUGCUAAACGUGCAUUUGUCCAUUGGUAUGUGGGAGAGGGUAUGGAAGAAGGAGAGUUUUCUGAGGCACGUGAGGAUCUGGCUGCCUUAGAGAAAGACUAUGAGGAGGCUGGAGGAGACAGUGUUGAAGGAGAAGGUGAUGAGGAGGGAGCAGAAUAUUAAACAUUUAACCAUGCUAUAAUCUCAAAUGAUAGUAGACUAUAACUUAACUCUGUUGACAAUAUCCAUAAUAAUGUAAAUGUAGAGCACAAUGUUUGGUGUUAUUCACUUAAAUUCAGUUUUACUUGGUGAAAUAUCAAAAAUGUUAGUUCUACCAUUAUAAUUAAGAAUAUGUCUGUGAAUGAUUAAUAAGAAUGUGUUUGUAUUCAAUAAUUAAGAAUGUGUUUGUAAACAAUAAUAAAGAAUGUAGUAAACAAUUUUCAAGAAAGUGUUAGGAAAGUGUUAGGAAACAAUUAUUUAUUAUAAUUAACUGUCUAGAAAACUACAUAAAACAUAUCAUUUCUCCAUGAAAUUAAUACACAAAGUAGUUAGGUUGUUGGUCUUUAUUACUGGAAAGUUUAAAGUAAUUUUAUCAAAAACCAACAAAAUUAGAGAAGGACGUCCAAGACUUUUGGAUCACCCCU